AUGUCACUACAGGAAGAAGCUGUUGAAAAGAGGCUUUCUUUAUAUCAUUUCAGCAAAGUUUUCCCGAAUUAUCUAUCGCAAUUGCAGCAAAUACAGUCAUUAGUACAGCGAUUGUUGGACCAUAAUCUGAAUGAAAACGAUCAGUUAAGUAUAGAAGAGGUGAAAAAUCUAAGAGUAUCAUUAGAGGAUAAGUAUUUGGAAGCCAAAAAUUUCGUAGAGACUGAAAGGCUAAGUUACAAUGCAUUAGAUGUGAGUCUAGAAAGAACUGUAGACAACACUAAGAAUGGAAUGGAGAGCCAAUUAUCUGUAUUACGAGACCUAAGGGAGGAACUAGCAGAGAGAAAUGAUAGAUUACAUCAAUUGCACUUAGAUAUUGCAGAUUUCAAUGAAGAGUCUGUUCAUUUGAAUACACAUUCUACAACCUUAAAAUGUACAAAAUCUGAAUGGAUCAAUAACGUUUUAGAAGAUGAGGCAUCGUUUGACAAACUAUUAGAGUACAGAGUUUUCAAGCCCGUUGGAAAUGGUCUAUAUUCAGUUACUGAGGAGCUAUUUGAUGGUGAAAUCGAGUUGAAGCGCAUGAAUCAAUUAAUGAAAAAGGAUAUUGACAGACUCAAGAUGGACCUUGACGAUUAUAAGCAAAAGUGGCUCGAUAACUACGAUACAAUGUCUAAGAUAGGUUCAAUAAUCAAGGGGAAACUUAAUGAAAGAAGCAACGGAUCGGAAGAAAAUGAGGAUGAUUACGAGGAGGAAGAGGAGGCGAUUGAACGCAUCAAAAAGAACGAUGUGUAUGAGAGCGAAGAUGAUGGCGAAGAAAGGUCUUCGUUUAAUACAGAUGAAGAAGAGGAUGAAGAAGAGGAUGAGGAUGAAUAUGGAAUUGAACAGGACGAAGAGGACAUCGAUAUCGCUGAUAGCGGUGCAGAUGCAGAUGCAGACGUAAAAGUGGAGAUUGGAGAAAACGCUGUUGAUUCUAACGACAGCACAGGACUUAAUGAGGGAGAAAAUAAUAAUGAUGGUGAUGCAGAUCAGGAGAUGAAUGAUGCGUAG